AUGUCCCUCACAAAAAUUCCCUUCCUCUUCACCGGUCUACUAUCCGGCUAUACUAUAACGACCCCACCUCAACCGAAGGUCGCUACACCAGACCUCCACCGAGAUGUCAAACCGUUCGAACGGUGGUUCUCAGCCACUGUGCGCAUUCACAGCAUCGUUCUGAAGGUCUUGACAUGCGUCACGCCUGUCCUAGAAACGGCGGUCAUUAUCGCCGACCACUUCCCUAACCACCCGCUCUCCAAACUGAUCCUCAGCACGCUUGUCCGGGGCCCGCUGUCCCUCACGCGCAGGAUUACCUGCUCCCGAGCCUUCCUCGCGAGCUCCGCUGUCGGCUCCCUCGCUGCCCUCGUCCGCUUCCAGUGUUAUCAGACUAUGGGCCGGUUCUUCACCUUCGAGAUGUCGAUCCGCGAUGGACAACAGGUCGUCGAGGACGGCUGGUACGGCGUCGUACGCCACCCGAGCUACAUCUCAGCUGCGCUCAGCCUCGUGGGCCUCGGCCUCAUGCACGCCGUGGCUGGCUCGUGGGUGCGGGAGUGCGGGAUGCUGCAGACGCGCGCCGGGAAGUCUGCGGCAGGUAUAUACGCCGGGCUUACGGUAUACGUGACGCUGUCUAUGGCAUGGCGUUCGCGCGAGGAAGACCGAAUUCUGAAGAGGCAGUUUGGAGAAGAGUGGGAAGCGUAUGCGAGGAGUGUUCCGUGGCUCUGGAUUCCUUACGUUUUCUGACAUCGG